GUAUCUGCACACUUCCAUCCACACAAACAUAUAGUGAGUAGGGAACAUCACCAAGUACCCAACAAUGGCGAAAGAAGAAGAGGUGAUUCUACUUGAUUUCUGGGCGAGCAUGUUUGGGAUGAGGGCCAGGAUAGCACUUGCUGAAAAGGGUGUUUCAUAUGAAUACAGAGAAGAAGAUUUGAAGAACAAGAGUCAGCUUCUCUUGGAGAUGAACCCGAUUCACAAGAAAAUUCCAGUUCUCAUCCACAACGGCAAACCGAUCUGCGAGUCUCGCAUCAUCGUUGAAUAUAUCGAUGAAGUCUGGAACGAUAAAGCUCCAUUGUUUCCUUCUGAUACUUAUGCCAAAGCGUGCGCGAGGUUUUGGACUGACUUUAUUGAUAAAAAGGUAUACCUAAAUGGGAGAAAUUUGCUGUUCAAAGCAGAAGGGGAAGAACAUGAGGCAUCCAAGAAAGAGUUCAUCGAUUCCCUUAAACUGAUUGAAGGAGAGCUUGGAGAGAAGCCUUACUUCGGAGGUGAGAGUUUUGGGUACCUUGAUGUGUCUUUGAUCCCAUUUUAUACAUGGUUUCAUUCCUAUGAAAUCUAUGGGAAAUUGAACAUAGAACAAGAGUGCCCAAAAUUGAUUGGUUGGGUUAAAAGAUGCAUUCAGAAGGAGAGCGUGUCUAAUGUUCUUCCUGAGUCGGUAAAGGUCCUUGGCUUUGUUCAACAGGCGAGGAAGAGAUUGGGACUUGACGAGUAGAAGAACUUUGAGCUAAUAAAUUACCAAUAUGUUGUUGAACUAAUUUGGCUUUCAUGACAGAAAACACUUGGAUGUGUUUGUCUGUAUAAAACUCUAAAUAAAAAAAAGUUGUAUUUUCAGAUA